AUGAACACUAACAACAACACUAACAAUAAAAGAAGCAAUUUGAACAACAAAAGACGUGUAAAAGUUUCACUUCAAUUCCCAGAAAAAUUAUUUUAUGAGAAAGUAUUGAAUGAAUGGAGAGAGAAUAUAUCUGAUCGUAACCAUGCUUAUGUUGUUAGGAAAGCUUUGAAUAAUUUAAAAUUAUUUCCUUUGGAUGUUCAUGGACAUGGAGAGUUGAGGAAAAUUAGAGGAAUUGGCGAAGAUAUAGCCACACGUUUGGAUACUGCUUGGCAAAGAGCCUGUGAAGUUUUAUUCCCAGGCAUCACCCCUUCAAUUAAUCAAAUAAAAGAAUUGGAGCCUGGACAAGCAUUCAAAUUUUUGGAAGAAACAGCUAGUGAAGCAAAUGCUUUUAAUAAAAAAAGAGGAAAUUCUUUACCUUUUAUUCACAACAAAAAUUCAAAAAAUAUUAAAGAAAAAGCAAAAUCAUCCCCAAUAAAAAGAUCGCCGGCAAAAUUGGUAUUGACAAAAAAUAAUUCGAAUAAUGAUGAUUUUUGUGAACCUACAACAUCUACAAGAAUGGAUAAAAUUGAAGUUUUUCAUUCACUGUCGAAUAAUUCCAAUCAACUCAAUCAAAAAGAUUCUGAUGCUGAAAGUAUUUCAGAAGAGCACCAAUACCAACAACUUUAUUAUUCUCCUUCAGAAAAUAUAGAAAGUUCUAUAAUUUUAAUAUCAGAUAAUCGAGAAGAAAUUUCAAAAGGAAAUAGAGCUAAAGGAAAAAGUGUUGGAGAAUUUUUAAUUUCUGGAGGAAUUAAAUGGGAAAGUAGAAAACUUUCUGUUGGGGAUUAUCUGUGGAUAUUACAAUGGAAAGAUUGGCAGACUGGAAGGUUAAAUGAAAUUGUUUUGGAUUAUAUUGUUGAAAGAAAGACUUGGGAUGAUUUGAAGAAAAGUAUUCGUGAACCUCGUUAUUUGGAACAAAAAUGUCGUCUUCAAAAAUGUGGAAUAAACAAUAUAGUUUUAAUUGUGGAAGGAUCAACAAAUGUUUGUGACCGUUCUCUUGAACAAGCAAUUAUUUCAACUUGUGUAGACAACGAUUUUUUGGUUCACCGAACUUUGAAUAAACAAGGAACGGCUAAAUUUCUUCAAUUUUUAACAAAACGAUUAGAAGAGAAAUGCUGUAAAGAAGAGAUAAUCGGCCCUUCAUUCGAAACUCUUCAAGAAAAAUCUAAAAAACCCAAACCAAUCUCAAUUUCUGAUUGUUGGCUACGUCAAUUAACAGUCUGCCCAGGAAUGAGUUUGGAAAAGGCUAAAUUAAUUCAACAACGAUUCCCCACAUUUGGUUCACUUAUUAAAUUUUAUAAAGACGAGGGGGAUAUAAAUGAAGAAAUUCCAACAUUGCCUGAAUCUAUAACGAAGACAUUAAAUGUUUUUAUGAAGAAUGCAUUAAAAAAUGAUGAUUUUUAA